CGCCUCUCAUUCAAAAUUCAAAAAAAGAAAAAAGCAAAUCCCAAAACCACCCCCUCUCCUCUUCUCUUCUCUCUACCCCUUUGGCCCUUUCGCACAGGGCGCGCGCAGGCGGCGGCGGCGGCCAGCGAUGAGGAAGGCGAGAGCAACCGCCGCGGCGUCCAAGCCCAAGCCGAGGGCCACGGCUAGGGCCAAGCCCAAGCCCAAGCCCAAGACGAAGCCCAGCCCCGCCUCCCUCCUCUCCGGCGGCUCUUCGCCGGCAUCCGGCGACGCGGCCGACGACCUCAGCUUCCUCUCGCCCUCCUCGCCGGUGGUGAAGCCCAAGCCGAGGUCACCGCUCGCCGCCCCGGCCUCCUCCCCCAUCUCCCCCUACGCCUCCCCCGCUUCCGCCUCCGUCUCCACCGUCGCGGACCUGAGGAUCCUCGCCGCGUCCCACCUCGACUCCCUCAAGCGCCGGCUCGACGCGCUCCACGGCGACUCCGCCCGCGACCUCGAGGCCUCCCACUCCCGCAUCUCCAAGCGCUUCAAGAUGCAGACUCAGAGCUGCCUGCAGCUGGCGGAUGAGGCGGAGAAGGAGCACAGGAAGAUGGCCGACAAGAUCUCCGAGCAUGCUGAGGCAGUGAAGGCCUCGUACAAGAAGUUUGUGGCGGAGGUGCAGGCUUCUACAUCUCGUGUGUGCAAGGUGACUAUCCCUGAGAUGGCGAAGUCGGCAGACAGAGCUAUUGAUGGACUGCGCAGCCGCUACAACAUCCCAGCUACGGCAGCUUAGUUUGCAGUUCUGGCUGUGACCUAUGUUCACUGACUAGGUGUCCAUCACUACAUCAACUAGACUAGCAAAUUCUUGGGCUUAGUGGAAGGAACUUGAACAGUUGUGGAUAGGAGUUACUUGCACCUGAUAUAGUUCUUUUACAGUCUCGUUCUCAGAUACAUCGAGACAUCGAGCAAUCGUACGCACAUAUUUCUGUCUAAUUGCAUUCACUCCGCAGCCUGUGUUAAUAUUGUCACUCUCUUUUGGUAUAGUUGUAAGGGUAUAAGAACAUUCCGAAGGUGAUACAGUUUAUUCUAGCCCUGUGAAGCAAAGAAAACAGUUUGCAAAACAGUUUGCAAUUAUCAUGUCUUGAAAAGUAACGGUUCACUGCAAUAAAAAAGCCAGCCCUUCAUUA